CAAAAAGUAAGUAAUUACAAUUGAUUCUGAUGUUUCGAUUUUAUUUUCGAACUAAAAUGAAAUCUAAUUUUGCUUAUUUUCGUUCUAUUUCAGAAAAACGAAGAUGCCGAAAGAAAAAAAGGAAACGACUGGAAGAUCUAGUGAAGAGCAAAAAAUCGGGAAUGCAAAGCAACCAGACAUGAAGGAAACUGGAAAAUACGAAAUUGAGAAGGAAAUUGAAGCUGAAAAGCAAAUAGACACAUUCCAAGAACAACCACAAAGGUUAAUACUCAAAUUUAAGCGAAGACCAACUAAAUCCCAGCCAGAGGUUCAGAAAGUAUUAAGUGAAGGAGAUGGGAAGGCAUGUACAACUUCUGAGACAGAAGUUCAAAAACCAUUGAGUGAAGGAGAUAAGAAAUCUUCAUCAAAAUCACAGCCUGAAGUUCAAAAAACAUCAAGGGGCAACAACUUACUGAAACAACUUUUAGCAAAGAGCAUAAAGCAGAACAACAAAAAAAAGGCUGCACAAAUGGUAGCUACAGCUGCUGCUGCUGCAAUGGCCAGCAAAGAAGCUGACAAAAGGAUAGAUACAGCUGCCGUUGCAGCACAAAUAGAAGCUGAGAAAAUGGCACCUGCAGCUGAUGCAGAAGACAAAAGAGUCGCUCAGGAAAAGGCGUCUGCAGCUGAGAAAGAAGCCAAAAGAGUGGCUGAGGAAAAGGCAUCUGCAGCUGAUGCAGAAGCGAAAAAACUGGAUGAGGAGAAGGCAUCUGCAGCUGAUGCCCAAAGAGAAGCUGAGCUGAAAGAAGCUGAAAACAAGAGGAUCGAGGCUAAUAAGAAGAAGGAAGAAGAAGAUAAAGCUGAAGCAAUGAAGAAGGAUUUAGAGGAAAGAAAGAAAGAAUAUGAAGAAAAAAUGAGCCAGCUUAUGGCUAAAAACAACAAAGAGUUGAUAGAGGAAGCGGAAAGGAAAGAAGCUGAGAGAAAGAAAAGAGAAGAUGAGAGAAAGAAAAAAGAAGACGAUGAUGCCACAAAAGCAAUUGCCAUGGUGGUUGAAAGUGUAAAUGCUUCAGAGAGUGAAGCUCAAACCAUUGGUGGUAAAGGCACAAAAAGAGGAAAGAAGACAACAGCUACCAAGAAGAACACCAUUCUAAGUAUUACUAUGGAUGAAGAACUACAAAAGAAGUUGCACAACAUAUCAGAUUCAUACAAUCCGAGAAGAAGUACAAGAUCAAUAGUGAAAGUGCAACAAAAUGUUUGUGCUGAAGUAGUUAGCAAAGAAGAAUUUGAAGGCAAAGAUGUUUCUGGAGUUACUUCCAAAGUAACAAAUACUCCAAAGAAAAGGAAAGCGGCUGAGAAAGAAGCCGAGGAUGAGCCUUUGGAUGUUGAGAUAAUAAAAAUAAAAAAACAAAAAGGAGUUGAAAAAAAAGCACCUGUUAAGGGAAGAAUUCUUCCUCUUAGGAGUGCAUUGAAAAGAAAUAAGAAAAAUGAUAUUGAAGAAGUGAAAGAAGAACAGAAAACAGAACUUGCAAAAGUCAAUGUUAAAGGGAAAAGGAAAAUGAAAAAAAGAAAGGAAGAAGAAGAGGUUCAAGAAGAAGAGGAGUUAGAGGGAAAUGAUGAAGAAGAGCAAGAAGAGGAGGAAGAACAAAAUGAGGAAGAAGAGGAAGAAGAGGAAGAAGAUGAGGAAGAUGAAGAAUGGGAAGAAGAAGAAGAAGAAAAAGAACAAAACAAGAUGCCAAAAGGUAUAUUUAGUAUACUAAAAUAUUAAACAUUGUAUUACAUGUUUAUCAAAACUUCUUAAUUGUAUGUUCUUCUCCAACAGAGAAAACAGUACCAGUGAAAGAUAG